GCUGAGGCCACCCUUACGUUCCGUCACAACAUCCGACGUGCAUCAUCAGAAGUAUUUGCAUCACGCAUCAAAGGGUCACGUUCAAUCAGAAUGGCUACCCAAACACUGCUUGAAUCGCCUUCGCCUCCAAGUUGGGUAGUGGAACUCAACUCUACGCCCUCGGCGAAGCCAAAGUCUAUUCUUCCAGAUCCGCCCGGUUUCACGUCUGGAACACGAAAAGACAAAAACACCAAGAACCAAGCGCCAUCCCGCAAGCCCCCCACGGCAGCCGAACGCGACACUCUCAAGCUGAAGAAAGCAUGGGAAUUGGCUAUUGCGCCUGCCAAGCAGCUGCCCAUGAGUGCCAUUGGCAUGUACAUGACUGGAAACUCGCUUCAGAUAUUCUCAAUUUUCAUGGUUUUCACACUGUUUAAAGCUCCUAUAACGGCUUUGAUGAACAUUCAGAAUACUUUCAGUAAAUUAGAGACGGAAGGGACGCGAGGGGAAAUGUGGAAGGUCAAGACUGUAUUUGUGCUGUGCAAUUUAAUGGCUUUGGCGUUGGGCGUGUGGAAGAUAAAUAAAAUGGGUUUAUUGCCGACUACUCGAUCGGAUUGGCUAGCUUGGGAGACGGCGAGGGAACCGCUAGAGAGAGCAUACCCGGCGUGGGAGACAUAAUCCCAAAUUACGAUCUAGAAACUGGUGGUGUUUAUACGAGAGUUGCAAUAACUAUUAUGAAAACUUCUUGUAUUCUACGUGUCUGGAGCAGAAGAGACGAAUAUAUGACUUCUCUGUGGGUAUAUUUGGCACGGGCGGUGAGUUGGAAGACUCUGAGCAAUGAAAAAAGAGCGUAAUAAUCAAAAUAUGUCGCGUUUUUCGCUGCUAACUCUGUCAUCUAUCACAGUUGUGCGCUAUAUCUCCCUUGUUAAUAGUUGUCUGCACCGUCGAGUAAGACACUUGGCUGUUGAGCUUAGUUAGAUUGGCCGUGAGGGAGGCAUCCGAGAAAACUUUCAAAUAACAAUGGUCAAACGAGGACCGAAUCGUUUAUGACCCGGUUGUCAGUUGUUUCUACCAGUUAAAAAUAUGAGCGGCAAACUUGAAAUCUAGCUUUGUGAUUCCUAGCACUGCUUCUAGAGGUACAUUACUGUGACAGAAGUCGGAG